AUGGCUUAUCUCCGAUUGCCGCGGGCUAACCCGCUGGCAUUCACUCGCUGGCCUGUUACUAUAAUCACCGCGAUCGUUUAUCUGGCGUUGCUGAUCCCGUUGCUGGUCGUGCACCAUGUUGUACCUUCCGCUCCCAGCUCCCCACCUAGCGGUCUGAACAUUUCGGAAGCUUGGGCUGAUCUUCAAGUCCUAACGAACGGCUUCCAUCCAUACAAUUCGCGUCGAAAUGAUGCCAUCCACUCUUGGUUACUGAGACGGAUCAGCGAGAUCCUGGACGCCACGCCUUCGGAACAAGAGUACCGAGCUCUUGACGAGGAAAAGCCGGAUGUCUUUGUCUUCGAUGACGUGUACUCGAACCUGACCACUUAUGGGGGUACCCUGAAGGAUGCAGACCUCGGCGUCUAUUUCGAAGGGACCAAUGUCAUCGUUUAUAUCCGUGGGUGGGAAGACGAGACAGAACAUUGGUGGGAAGCACCGAACGGGGUGCCGAUGAGUAGGGGAGGCGUGCUUGUGAACUCGCACUAUGAUAGUGUCUCGACCGGUUUCGGGGCUACCGAUGAUGGCGUCGGCGUUGUCACUUGCCUUCAGCUCGUCAAGUAUUUCACUACGCCGGGACAUGCUCCGCGGCGAGGUCUCGUGGUGCUGUUUAACAAUGGCGAAGAAGAUUUCUUGAAUGGCGCGCGCGUGUAUAGUCAACACCCGAUCUCGAAGUUACCUCAUACUUUCCUUAAUCUGGAGGGCGCGGGAGCUGGUGGACGGGCGACUCUGUUCCGGAGCUCCGAUUUUGAGGUCACAGGCCCGUAUAUGCGGUCGCCGCAUCCUUUCGGAUCGGUGCUCAGUGCUAAUGGAUUCGAUAUCGGAUUGAUCGCCAGUCAGACGGACUAUGUCGUUUUUCAAGGGAAUAUGGGCUUGCGUGGCCUAGAUGUUGCCUUCAUGGAGCCCAGAGCGAGGUAUCAUACGAAUCAAGAUGAUACUCGGCAUACGAGCAAGGACUCGGUCUGGCAUAUGCUAUCGGCGGCGGUUGCCACGACUGAGGGACUUGUAUCCGACUCGACCGAUCGUUUUGACGGCUCGCCGAACACCGAUGGGGGCGUUCCCAGUGGAUCUGGCUCCAAGGCUGUCUGGUUUGACCUGUUCGGAAGCACUUUUGUGCUCUUCGAGCUUCACACGCUGUUUGCAUUGCUGGUGACUCUACUUAUUGUCGGCCCCCUUACUUUACUCUUUACGAGCAUCACCCUUACAAAAGCAGACAAGAUGUAUCUGUUCAGAUCAUCGGCGAAGUCUGAAGAUCAUCUCGAUGUGGUACACCUGCAGGGCCUUCGGGGCUUCUUCCGCUUUCCGUUUCUCUUUGGAAUCCCGACCGUCGUCGCUGUGGGCCUGGCGUAUUUGGUUACCAAGGUCAAUCCGUACAUCAUUCAUAGCAGCGCUUAUGCGGUCUGGAGUAUGAUGGCGGCUGCAUGGGUCUUUUUGGCCUGGUUCGUUUCCCGUGUGGCCGACUUUGCUCGCCCGUCGGCCUUCCAUCGUAUCUACACCCUCACCUGGAUGUACAUUCUCUCCUGGGUUUCUGCGGUGAUUGCUACAGUGUAUGCAAACCAAAGGGGUCUGGCGGGUGGGUAUUUCAUCUUCUUUUUCCAUGCUGGUAUUUUCUUAGCCACGUGGAUCUCCUACCUGGAGCUCUUUGCCCUGCCGUCCAAAACCGAGUAUGCGAGCCAGCUUAGGCCAGCUUCAGGGCGGGUCAGUGGCCACGGUAGCCGCCGAGGUACGACUUCCGGCGAGGACGACGGAGAGGAGGCGGAAGAAGAGCCAACGGAGUCAACGUCCCUGCUGGGCAGUGGGCAGCGGACUACGUUCGCAAAUUAUGUGCGAGUUGGUGGAGAUAAUCAUGCAUUAGCAGACGAGGAGGUGGUCGAUCCCAACGUCUAUGGCCGCGAACAAGCAUGGAGUUCCGCAUUGCCCAAGUGGACGUGGGUCUUGCAGCUUCUUCUCACUGCUCCGAUUACCCUCAUUAUGGUCGGACCCCUUGCGCUCCUAACGAUCAGUGCCAUUAGCCAGACAGGACAGGACGGGGGUUAUCCGCUUUUUGCCUACGUCGCCAUCGCCAUAUUCACGACGAUUAUGCUCACGCCACUGCUACCCUUCAUCCACCGGUAUACCUACCACAUUCCCUUGUUCCUGUUAGCGGUCUUCCUGGGUACCCUGAUCUACAACCUCGUGGCUUUCCCCUUCUCAGAUUCCAACCGGUUGAAACUUUACUUCAUACAGGAGGUAGACCUCGAUACCGGCGUCAACCGCGCCACCUUCGCCGGACUGUCUCCGUUCGUAAACGAUGUCACCCAGGACCUGCCCAGCGCCGCCGGCCAAGACAUAGCCUGUGACUGGCACACUAAGAGGAGGAACCUGCUGUCCUGCUCCUGGGAAGGUAUUACUCCGCAGCCAGUGGAGGGCGACCACCCGAUGAAAGACUGGGUGUCCUUCAAUAUCUCCAAGUCCGCCGAUAAGCUACAAGCUCGGUUCGAGGUGUCUGGACUGAACACGCGUGCAUGCAGGAUCGUCUUCGACACGCCAGUGAAGAACUUCCACGUUGCCGGAUCUGCAUAUGACCCGCGCUUCCCGUAUGACGCGGCCGGCGUCAACGAGAUCCGACUCUGGAGUCGCAACUGGGAGAACCAAUGGACAGUGGAUGUGGACUGGGACGAGGGUGCUCUGAAAGGCAAUGUCGUCUGUCUGUGGAGCGAUCAUAACCAGCCAGGGGUCAUUCCGGCGUUGGACGAGGCUAUCCAGUUUGCGCCGGUGUGGGUGGCUGUGACUAAACUGAGCGAUGGGCUUGUGGAGGGUCGUCGUGCGUUUGAGAUCAGUAAUAAUGAUUAA